AUGAGCCCUGUUUGUAACGUCCUCUUUCCCGUUUCUCCUUCCUCUUCUUCUUCUUCCCCCAAACCCCCAACCCACAUGUCUGCUUCUGGAACUUCGUUUCCGGACCCCGACUGGCCCCGUCAAGAUCCGACCCGACCCGAUUUACCUUUCUCCCACCACCUCCCCCCGGACCCUCUCCUCGACGCCGGCUCCUUUGUCGACUCCUCCUCCUCCGCCCUCCCCGCCCCAACCCUACCUUCCCGAGAUCUUGACCGGACUCCUCGCAAGAAGGCCGAGUCUUCUUCCACUCCUCGAUCUCCAUUACGCGCCGGGCCUCUCAACUCUUUCAACCUCCCUCCUGAUUCUUCCGCUCCUAGGAAUGGAGAUUCUCCCGCUACCAAAAAGGUCUCGCUCUCGGCCUCUUCCUCCAGAGGGACGACCGACGCCUCCUUGAAAUCUGCCUUGUCCGAGAGGCCUAAUUGGCUGCCCCCGGGAUGGGUUGUUCAAGAUAGAGUUCGUUCCUCUGGUGCUACAGCUGGAACUGUUGAUAAGUACUACUUUGAUCCAAUCUCAAACCGUCGAUUCCGGUCUAAGAUCGAGGUUCUUUACUUUCUGGAAACAGGAACAUUACGGAAACGGAAGAAAUCAUUAGACGGUAAUCCGACGUCUACUGACGGCUCCGAAGAACCCAAGAGCAAGAAAUCUUCCAGCAAUGCUAAAUCUGCUCCUUUAAACUUUGAUUUCUUCAAUGUGCCUGAAAAGGUUGAAUGGGUUCUCACAGACCCUUCUAAGGAUGCUUGGACACCCUUUAUCGGCAGUGAGAAAGUACGCGAAUCUACUAAACGCGCAUGGGUGGGAGCUUUUCAACUCCUUGGCCGAUCGAAAGUUUGAAGUUUGAAGGCAAUUUCAUCCCUUUUGGAUAUUUUUUGGGACAACCAACCCAUUCAGGCAAGAACAAUCCUCCCUCCCUCCCUCCCUCUAAUGGCUUCCCAUCUGCAAUUCUUUUGGUCUUUUUUUUCUUUCUUUGGAAGGAGCAGGUGAGGUUGAGGGGGAAGUAUUGUGAAAAACCAGAUUUGGUUAGUAAAAAUUACUGCAAAAACAUGACUCUAUCUAACUGACUAUGUCUUGGACUGUGGAAGAAGUGACCAAUUUGUGUAGGAAAGAGGGGUUGCUCAGUUCAUUCUCAAUCAAAUGUAUUUGAAUGAGGGGCUAUUUCAUUUUGAUUCUAUGCUCUUGCUCUUCAUUUUUGAUCUAGAUCUGUAUUUCUUUUUUUGAUUCAAAAUUGAUAUUCUUGUGGUAAUAA